AUGGGCAGCAACAACGGUAAACAAGAUGGUAGCAAAGAAAAUAAUAAAAGACGAACAACAUUUCGAAGAAUAUUACAAACCUCAUCACGUCAACCAAACGGUACAUCGCGACCUGUAAGUUACGCGGGAAUAAAUCAAUAUUAUGAAGAACAUCAUCAUCAUCAUCAUAACUCGACACGCCCUAUGUCUAUGAUAAAUGUUGUUCCAUUUGGUAAUUUAGAAAGAAGAAUAUCUAAUCAUAAUCUUAAUAUAACUGCCAAUGAAAUAGAAACCGAUGUGAAACCAAUACCACGUUCAAUGUCUCAAUCGAUAACGACAAACGAAUUUUCCGAGCCAACAUCAAGUACCAAUGAAGAUGAUAUCGAACGAACUAUUACCAACAAAUUCGAUGAAAAUGAUUGGAAAUCUUAUAUUCCAUUAAAACUAGAACAAGUUAAGUCUAUAACGAUACUAAAAGAUUUAAUAUACGAACGUAUUAAUCCAGAAUUAAUUCAUAUAUUAAAUCGGUUAAUUCAAUUACAAAACGGCGACGAACACGAACCAUUUCUUAAUUGGUUUUUUAAUGAAAUCGAAUAUUGUUUGGAUUCAAUUGAUGAUGACAGUUCAUAUUGUCAUAAACCAUUGCUACUAUGUUCCAUAGAACAAGAUCGUUUUGCUUGUGCAAAAUAUCUUCUUGAACAUCGUCUAUUGCCAAGUAAAUUAGAUAUAAAUACUACCAAUGAACAAGGUCGUCAUUGUCUUUUAAUGCUUUCGCACAAAAAUGGCCCUGUUGACUUAAUAAAAUAUCUUUUGAAACAUCAUCUAUCGUGUUUAGAUACAAACAAAAUUGAUUUCAAUAGUUACAGUUCACUGCAUCAUGCAUGUCGCCAUUUUAAUUUACCACUAUGCGAAAUUCUUCUUCCAUAUACAAAUAAACAAACAUUACAAAUCGAAAAUUCUGAAGUACAUACACCACUCGAUUAUUGGCUUGAAUGUUUAUGUUCAUUGAAGAAAUUAAAACCAACACAUAUACAAUAUAAUACAGAUAGUUUACGUCUCAAUCAUAUAUUAGAUCACAGUACAGAUUAUCAUGGCAAUAUUUAUUUUCUUCAAGCAAUAAUUGAUCGUGGUGGACAAUUAACAAAAUUUCCAUUACGUUAUAUACGUUCUAUAUUACCACAAUUAUCAUUCGAACAAAAAUUAUCCUAUGUUGAUCAUCAUGUGAAUAUUUGCUGCAUUUUAUAUAAAAAUCGCCUGUCAACAUUAAUGCAUAAUUAUGAUGAAUUUAAAACAAGUGUUCAAGCAAGUGAAAUCCUUACAGAGCUUAUAUUUGCAUUGGGAACUGUACAAGUUGAAAUACAAAAUCGUCUGGCAGAAAAUGCUUGUUCACAACUCGAACAGACAUUGAAAAUAAAACAAAACGAACUGUUACAAUCAACUUUACGCGUGUUGUAUGGCAAAUUUUUUCGUCUGUUCGAAUGUAUUUAUAACAAUCCAGAUGUUAAUGUAAAAAGCUUUCAUUUUGAACAUAUAUUUCGUCAUGUUUGGAUUUAUUGGAAAGAGCCUGUCAAUGCAUUUAUUCAACAAUCAAAAGAAAAAAGUGUUUCAUUGAAAGCAAUUUGUCGAAAAAAAAUAUUUCGAUGUAUAAUGAAUUAUCCAAAUGAUAUCCAAAAUUUGCCGAUUAAUUCCUUCUUAAAACAAUUUAUUGCUUUUAAUAAUCAAUUUUUUGUUGUUCAGAGAAAAUUUUAA